GCGGCCAUGGCUCCCGGGGCGGCCCGGCGGGCGCGGCGGAGGCCCCGGGGCGCGCUGGCGGCCGGGGCGCGGGCCCGCUCGGCCGAGGACUGGUGGUGGGAGCGGCUGGCGCCGAGCGGCUCCGGGUACCACCUGCUGCCGGCGGACAGCAUGCUGCUGGUGCUGCCCGGCCCGGGCCCCGCGCGCACCGCCGCCGCCAAGCCCAAGGCCAGGCCCCGGGCCGAGCCUGAGCCCCAACCCGGGCCCGACCCGGGCUGGGGCGACCGUCUCCCCUUGGAAAUCCUGGUGCACAUUUUCGGGCUGCUGGUGGGGGCCGAUGGGCCCGUGCCCUUCCUCGGCAGGGCUGCCCGCGUGUGCCGCCGCUGGCACGAGGCCGCUUCCCAGCCGGUGCUCUGGCACACAGUGACCCUGUCGCCCCCGCUGGGUGGCCGCCCUGCCAAGAGCGGAGCCAAGGCCGAGAAGAAGCUCCUUGCUUCCUUGGAGUGGCUUAUGCCCAAUCGGUUCUCCCAGCUGCAGAGGCUGACCCUCAUCCACUGGAAGUCCCAGGUACACCCCAUGUUGAAGCUGGUUGCCGAGUGCUGUCCUCGGCUCGCCUUCCUCAAGCUUUCCGACUGCCAUGGUGUGAAUGCUGACACCCUUGCCACGCUGGCCCAGGCCUGCCCCCAGCUCCACAGCCUGGAUCUGCAGCACUCCACGGUGGAGUCCACAGCUGUGGUGAGCUUCUUGGAGGAGGCAGGCCCACGAAUGCGCAAGCUGUGGCUGACCUACAGCUCCCAGACAACAGCCAUCCUGGGUGCACUGCUGGGCAGCUGCUGCCCCCAGCUCCAGGUCCUGGAGGUGGGCACUGGCCUCAGCUGCAACACCACGCCCCUCCAGCUGCCUGUCGAGGCCCUGCAGAAAGGCUGCCCCCAGCUGCAGGUGCUGCGGCUACUGAACCUGAUGUGGCUGCCCAAGCCUUCCGGGCGAGGAGCGGCCCCCGGCCCAGGCUUCCCCAGCCUGGAGGAGCUCUGUCUCGCCAGCUCUGCCUGUAACUUCGUGAGCAAUGAGGUGCUGGGCCGCCUGCUCCACAGCUCCCCCAAACUGCGCCUGCUGGAUCUCCGCGGCUGUGCCCGCAUCACACCCGCCGGCCUUUGCAAUCUGCCCUGUCAGGAGCUUGAGCAGCUGCACCUGGGCCUGUACAGCAUGUCAGACCGGCUGAUUCUAGCCAAGGAGGGCAGCCCCCUGUUGACCCAGAAGUGGCACCGCACCCUGUGGGAACUGGACUUGAGUGGCCAGGGCUUCAGUGAGAAGGAUCUGGAGCAGGCUCUAGCUGCUUUCUCAGGUGCCCCCGGGGGCUCCCACCCUGCCCUGUGCUCCCUCAACCUCAGAGGCACCCAGGUCACACCGAGCACAGUCAGGUCAGCACCCCCGCCCCAGUCCCUUGGAACCGGUAUGGCUUGCCACCCACCCUGUCCGCCUGGGGCUCCAAGGUGUGUCCUGCCCGGCUCACUGCCCCCAGUGGUCAACAAGGGGACUGCACACUGGCCAAGCCCCUGUUUGGGGCCAGCCCUCACUUGGAGCUCCUAGGCUCCAGGGACUCCAGGGUUACUGGCCUUGGGCCUUGAUGGCUGUGGGUGGCAGAGAGGGCUCUGCCGGGGCCUGGGUCUGCAGGGGACAGCAGCUCAACUCCCACGGGCCUGCUCUGCCCCCACAGCUCAGUGAUCAGCAGCUGCCCGGGCCUGGCAUACCUCAACCUGGAGUCCUGCCGCCACCUUCCCCGGGGCCUGAAGCGGGCCUACCGGGGCCAGGAGGAGGUCCAGUGGUGCCUGGAGCAGCUGCUCGCCAGCCCCCCCUCCCC